AUGACACUUUCCCAAUGUAAACGUAUAUUUGCAUGUUCGUCGUCGUACUCAAUACAAUUACAAUCUUUCUUAUCGGCGCGAGAAUAUAUCAUCAAAUUUGAGGAGUCAAGACCCGAUCCGAUAUCCGGAAUCGAGACACCAUUCACUAAGUCGUUACUACGUCCCGCACAAGUAUAUCAAGCGGCCAUUGAUCCAUCACUACCGCGACCUAAACAUUAUUUUCUCGAUCAGAGUGAUGAGAAGUUGUUGUUUCAUACAAUGCCAAAAGCGGCAAAAGAAUUGAAUAGACAAGAAAAGCCGGUGAAUCUUGAUGAUGAUGCCGUUGGAAUUAAGGAUGAAGAUGAGAAAGCUGCAACUUUGGAAAAAAUUGUUGCAUUGCAUAAUACGAACGCUAAAGCUAUCUCGCUGUAUAAUAUUCGUCGGGCGAUCAAAGAAUUUGGUAGAUUUGAAGGAGACACGGGAAGCCCUGAAGUCCAAGCUGCUGUCUGGACGGUUCGUAUUCUCAAUCUUCAUGAGCACAUCAAGAACAACCGCAAAGACAAACACAAUUAUAGACAGUUACGAAUGAUGGUGCACAAACGACAAAGCAUGCUCAAAUAUUUGAAGCGGCAAGAUUUGGGACGAUAUUUUAAUUGUUUGAAACGGUUGGGAUUGGAUCAAAAAACUAUUGAAGGGCAAAUUGUUAUUUAA